AUGUCGCUGCCCAAGCGAAUCAUCAAGGAAACCGAGCGCCUGGUCAACGAGCCUGUGCAAGGCAUCAGCGCGACACCUCACGACGACAAUCUCCGGUACUUUGAUGUCACCAUCGACGGCCCCAGCCAAUCUCCUUAUGAGGGUAUUCUCGUAGGAGGCGUAUUCAAGCUCGAACUGUUCCUCCCUGAUGACUACCCCAUGACGCCGCCCAAGGUUCGCUUCCUCACCAAGAUCUACCACCCCAACAUCGACCGUCUAGGGCGCAUCUGCCUCGACGUCCUCAAGAGCAACUGGUCGCCCGCGCUCCAGAUCCGCACCAUCCUCCUCUCGAUCCAGGCUCUCUUGGGCGCGCCCAACCCUGACGACCCUCUCGCGAACGACGUUGCGCAGGCAUGGAAGGAGAACCAGGCACAAGCCAUCCAGACCGCCCAGGAAUGGACCCAGCAGUAUGCGAAGCCAUGA